AUGCCACCUUCACCCACUUUGCCAACCUUGACUCUUUCUUUACCCCCAUUACCUCUAAUACCCACUUCACCACCACUCAUCCCCCCUACACUGGAUAAAAGGCAAACUUACGUCACGGUAUCAGUGGUGAAGAACACAACAGAUUCAGACACUUCUUCAUCUUCAUCAAGUAAUUCUUCUUCUGGAUUCCCAAUCAAAAUUGCCAUUCCUGCUUUAAUAGGUGGAAUGGCUCUGGCGCUGAUUGGUUUCGGGAUUUGGUGGUGGUGGACAAGGAAAAUCAAACGUGAACGAAGAGCAGCUUGGGAAGCGAGACAACGAAAGAAGAGAAAGAGAGCAGAACAAUCUGCUCGUCCAUCCAUUUCGUCUUCCAGAGCACCUUCAGGGUCAGGAUCGAAAUCACCUAUGGAAGAAAAAAGCUUUAUUCCACCCGUACCAGCUUUACCCAAACACGCAGCCACUCAAGAUCCAUAUAAAGAAAGAGGUUAUGGUUAUUCUGAUACCUCCGCACAACCUUCUUUCCCACCUUCUUCAAAUCAAUUGUCAACUUCGAUCAACUCGAAUUUGGGUUCAGGCGCAGGCGCAUUUGGUUACGCUACUCAACCUGGUUUAGAACAAGAUUUACAAUAUGGUUAUGAUCAAUAUGGACAACCUAUUUCACAAGGAUACAACAACAACAAUAACAAUCCGCAAGAGAAAUAUAGACAUCAAAGAAGUAAAUCGAAUGAUUCAUCCAAUCCUGCAAAUCCAUUCUCGAAUACAAAUUCAGCUGCUCCUGUAACUCUCGCGGCGCCAAUCAACCAAAAAGAGGAACAAGGACAAGCUCAACCAUUACCUGUGAAGAAUGAAAAAUCAAGCAAGAGAGCAAUGGCAAGGAUGAAAGUGGCGGAUUCAGCAGCUGCGAAUGCAUCAGCCGAUCCUGCCUAUAGACAUCAACCUAAAAAACCAUCCCCAUUAGCAAUAGCAGCUGCAGAAGCUAAAGCUAAACAAUUAGCAGAAUCAAAUAACAAUAACAUGGAACAUUUAGCUCCACCCAAUGAGUCGUCUUUACCACCAUAUGAAUCACAAGGACAAGGAAACAACGAUUCGAGAGGUAAGGCAGUAUCAGGUGAAUGGGGUGUAGCGUUGGGGUCACCAAACAAUGAUGGUCAUUUCAAUUUCAAUUCUCAACAACCACAGGUCGAACAAGAAGAUCCAUAUUUGAAAGCACAAAAGAUAAAGUCUGGUUUAUACACUCAAGAUCCAUAUGCCGCUUAUCAUGGUGAUUAUAAUGAUGACGAUGAAGAUGUCUAUCACCAAGCCGCUGAAGGAAUGGGUUUAGCUAGUAAUGGUAUUCAAUCUAGUACACCCAAGAAAUCCAGAUGGGUAUAA